AGCCGCUGAUGAAAUCGCAGCCGGGAGCGGAGGAGUCUUUGGACCUUCCCAUGGUCGGGACCUUUGACUCAUAAAAGGCUCCUUCAAAAGGCUUUCGGGAGCAGAAGAAGGGGAAGGAGGAGCGGCCGCAGCAGGAGAAGGGGGAGAAAGGAGCAGAGCCCGACCUGGAGCGUGGGGAAUUAAGGGGGGAGAGAGGAAGGCGCUGUAUGUGGAGUUUUUGGACAAGAUGCUUUCUCUGAAGAAAUACUUCACCGAAGGCCUCAUCCAGUUCACCAUCCUGCUCAGCCUCAUCGGGGUCCGUGUGGACGUGGACACCUACCUGAAUUCCCAGCUCCCUCCUCUGCGGGAGAUCAUCCUGGGCCAGAGCUCUGCCUACACCCAGACCCAGUUCCACAACCUGAGGAACACCUUGGACGGCUAUGGCAUCCACCCAAAGAGCGUGGACUUGGACUAUUACUUCACCGCCCGCCGGCUGCUCAACCAGGUGAGGGCCCUGGACAGGUUCCAGGUGCCCAGCACCGAGGUCAAUGCCUGGCUGGUGCACAGGGAUCCCGAGGGAUCCGUGUCCGGGGGGCAGCCCAGCGCCGGGUCCGGCCUGCAGGACGGCGGCAGCACCGAGAACGGGGUGAGGGAGAGCGGAGCAGAGCAGGGAUUCGGGGAGGAACUGGAGGAUUUGGGAGCCGUGGCCGCGCCGGCGAACGGAGACCUCACCAAGGAGGACAUCGAUUUGAUUGACAUCCUGUGGAGACAGGAUAUUGAUCUCGGCGCUGGGCGAGAGAUUUUUGACUACAGCCACCGGCAGAAAGAGAGCGAAGUGGACAAAGAGCUGAGCGAUGGGAGGGAGCGCGGGGACAGCUGGAGGAGUGCAGGGAAUGAGGUCUUGGAUAGAAACCUGCUAGUUGAUGGAGAGACCGGGGAGAGUUUCCCUGCGCAGGUGCCUGGUGCGGAGGAUCAGACAGCCCUGUCCCUGGAGGAGUGCCUUAGGCUGCUGGAGGCCACCUUCCCUUUCGGGGAGAACUCGGAGUUCCCAGCUGCGGAUGUCUCCGCCCUGAGCGAAGCCGUCCCCGGGCAGAGCCGGGCCCCGGGCGGCCCCCCCGCCCUGCUGUCCCCCCUCCUGGCCGAGAACGAGUCGCCCUUCGACCUGGAGCAGCAGUGGCAGGACCUCAUGUCCAUCAUGGAGAUGCAGGCCAUGGAAGUGAACUCCACGACGGGCGAGGGCCUGUUCGGCGGCACCGGCGGAGACCUCCUGGCGUCCAACUACAGCCUGGCCCCCGGCACCCCCAUCAACCAGAACGUGAGCCUGCAUCAGGCCUCGCUGGGCAGCUGCUCCCAGGACUUCUCCCUCUUCAGCUCCGAGAUCGAGAGCCCCUCCAUGGCGGGCGGCUCGGCCCUGCUGCAGCUGGCGCCGGACAACUCCACCGGCCUCAACAGCACCUUCGGCUCCACCAACCUGAGCGGGAUCUUCUUCCCGCCCCAGAUGAACAGCACGGGCAACGAGACGGCCGGGCCCGAGCUGCCCGACCCGCUGGGAGGGCUCCUGGAUGAGGCCAUGCUGGAUGAGAUCAGCCUCAUGGACCUGGCCAUCGAGGAGGGCUUCAACCCCGUGCAGGCCUCGCAGCUGGAAGAGGAGUUCGACUCCGACUCAGGUCUUUCCCUGGAUUCUGGCCACAGCCCCGCUUCUCUGAGCAGCUCGGAAGCCUCGUCCUCCUCGUCCUCUUCCUCCUCGUCCUCGUCCUCCUCCUCGUUUUCCGAGGAAGGGGCCGUGGGCUACAGCUCCGACUCGGAGAACGUGGACUUCGAGGAAGCGGAGGGGGCGGUGGGAUACCAGCCCGAGUACAGCAAGUUCUGCCGCAUGAGCUACCAGGACCCGGCCCAGCUCCAUUACCUGCCUUACCUGGAGCACGUCGGCCACAACCACACCUACAACAUGGCCCCGGGGGCCCUGGAUCCCGAGGAGCCCAAACUGCCCGGCGGCGGCGGCGGCGGCAAGAAGAGCGGCGGCGGCGCCAAGGAGAAACCGUCCGAGUUCCUGGACAAGCAGAUGAGCAGGGACGAGCACCGAGCCAGGGCCAUGAAGAUCCCCUUCACCAACGACAAGAUCAUCAACCUGCCCGUGGAGGAGUUCAACGAGCUGCUGUCCAAGUACCAGCUGAGCGAGGCCCAGCUCAGCCUCAUCCGCGACAUCCGCCGGCGCGGCAAGAACAAGAUGGCGGCGCAGAACUGCCGCAAGAGGAAGCUGGACACCAUCCUCAACCUGGAACGGGACGUGGAGGACCUGCAGCGCGACAAGUCCAAACUGCUCAGGGAGAAGGUGGAGUUCCUCAAGUCCAUCCGGCAGAUGAAGCAGAAGGUGCAGAGCCUGUACCAGGAGGUGUUCGGGCGGCUGCGGGACGAGCAGGGGCGGCCCUACUCGCCCAGCCAGUACGCGCUGCAGUACGGCAGCGACGGCUCCGUCCUGCUCAUCCCCCGCGGCCCCGCAGAGCCACAGCCCCGGCGCCAGGACCGCAAGCAGAAGGACCGCAGGAAGUGAGGGGAAGCGGGAGAGAGCGGGGACACUUCACCACGAAGGGAGAGACAGAGAGAGAGAGAGAGAACUGGAGAAAGGCUGAGCCUGGAAGUAACUUUUAGAGGAACUUUCACGCCUUCUUAUCCGAUAUAUCUUCUCAACCACGCAACCGGGGGGGAACUGGCGCUGCCGGACGCUGCGGGAGCCGCGGGGGGGCCGAGGUUUUUUUUUGUGGGGGUUCUGGAGGGGAUGGAGGAGGAGCCCCCCCCCCUCCUCCCUGCGCUGCCCCCGGCCCGGAGCCUCCCACAACCCCGGGAUCCUUGGAGCGCAGGGACAGAGCUGGCAAAAACGCUGCUGGGGAGGUUGGCAGAGGUGGAAAAAAACAAAAAAACAAACUACUGUUAGGAACUGGCUUUAAGUAAGAAAAGAAAUUUAAGCAGAUGAACUUAAAAGAAAAAAAAAAAAACAAAACACAAGUUAUAGGAGAGACGUUUUUCUGAACUUCCAAAGUUCUGUGAUUUCAGGUAGUUGGAUUUUUGGUUGUUUUUUUUUCCUUUUUUCUUUUUUUUUUUUUCUGUUGUUGUUUUUUUUUUCCUUUCCUUUUUUUCCUGAACCCGUUUUUGCCAUCGGUGUGUGUGAUUCAAUCCGACUCAAUUCCAGACGAACCAACAUCCCUUCCCUAGACCAGACCAGUGCACACGUGGAAACACAAAAGUGGUGUGAGUUCCGUUAACCCUUUCCAGCCUGAGGGAGCUCAGAGUGGGGGGGAAAACACUCAUUCCCAGCGUGGGGAGAACCAGCCUGGGAUGGAAAACGUGGAGGAGGAGGAGGAGGAGGAGGAGUUGUGAUGCCUCGGGGAGGGGGAGAGGGACUGGAGAGGGUUAAGGGAAUCCAGCAGGAUCCGUGUCCCCAGCACCCUCGGAGCACACAGAGCCUGCAUGCCAAGCCUGGCUUCUCCCACUGACUGCCUGGGGAGGAAUCUGGGGGGGCCUCCAGGGCCCCCAACAGCACAAGGGGAGCGGUGGAAUCCCGAUCCCAAGCCCAGCCCAGGCCGUGGGUUGUCACUUAGAGCCUUAGACGAGCUGUAGGUCCCUGUCCCGUAACCGCGCUUGGGUUUUUCGGGGGCUUCAGCCCCCCCCUUUUUUUCCUCCCCUUUUAGGGUCUAGAAGUGCUUGUGUUGAGUAAAAAAAAAAAACAAAAAAGGGAGAAGCCCAAACGUUCAAAGCUGCUCAAUGUUCUCUUUGCCAUAAAGAUUCCGUGUAACCGUGUGAUCACAUUAUAGGAUUCUCUUCUGUCCCAAGGUGUUGGUCUGACUUCCUUUGUUUUCAGGAGGGGGGUGGGGGUAGUGCCUUGAUCACUGUCUGGUCUCCUGCAGGGGAGACCAUCCUAGAAGCUGUAUUUCCAUAUAGCACAGCUGGGAGUGUUCGGACUUUACCAGCAACAGAAACGAAAUGAAACAAACAAACAAACAAAACAAAACAAAACAAAAAAAUGCUUAAAAAAAGAAAAAAAAAAUGGCUUUUCCGAGCCAGUCCUGUGCACGGGAUCCAGGGGAGAGGGAGGACUCGGGUGGUCACUCAAGGGAAGGACACCUGGAGAGGCAGGAGGGAGGCCUGGAGCAGCUGCCUGCUGGGCCACGUGUGUCCAAGGGCACUUUCUCUGGGUUUUUUGGGAGAAGCAGUUGGAUCUGGGAGUGCACUGAGGGGUGGUUGGGACCUUCCCCGAUUCCCGGGAUCCUGACGCGUGAGACGAAGCACAAAGUGGUGGAGCUGUGGGUGUGGGGAGGUUGGAAGGGAGGCCCUGUGCGUAUGUUUUAAAUUAUUUUUCCUCUUAGAAAA